GGCGGAAAAUCAUAUAAUAAUCAGAGAGAAUGGGACAGCUUCAGAUUUGAUUGGGCUAAUCCGGUCUCUUCUUCCAUAGCCUGACCCUGAGGCCCUGAGACCCCAGCGUAGCAGAUUCCAGAUUCUGCUACCCUAUCAUGGCGCACGUUCAAAACUUUUUGGUAGCUGUUUUCAUCUCCUUCACCUUCGUCUCCACCUCAUUCUCUCAAUCUAUUCUUGGAAUCACCCCCGAAAUAUUAGAACUUUUAACCAUCAAUCGCCACCGUAAGAUUCCCAAAGACAAUAACAAUGCUUUGUACUGUGAGAGCUGGCGGUUCACCGUUGAGACUAAUGACGCUGGUUUAUGGGCUUUGAUUCCCGAAAGGUGCGCUUCUUUCGUCCAGGACUACAUGAACGGCGAUCGUUACUCUUCAGAUUGCGGUGCGGUGGCUGACCUGUCACUGGCGUUUGCCAAUACGGUUAAGGUUUCAAACGAUGGAAAGGACGCUUGGGUUUUCGACAUUGAUGAAACUUUGCUCUCCAACUUGCCCUACUAUGUGACCCAUGGCUUCGGAUCGGAGAUCUUUGAUGAAAUCGCCUUUGACAAAUGGGUAAAUGAAGCAGAAGCUCCUGCUAUUCCUGCAAGUUUAAAACUGUACAAGGAGCUACAGCAGCGAGGAUUUAAGAUAUUCUUGUUGACUGGUCGGAGUGAAUUUCAAAGGAAUUAUACAGAAAAGAAUCUGGUGUAUGCUGGAUACAGCAAUUGGGAAAGACUUAUUUUGAGGGGACCUUCUGAUAAAGGUAAACUGGCAACCCAGUAUAAAUCUGAGAAAAGAAAGGAGUUAGAAGAUGAAGGCUACAGGAUUCAUGGGAGCUCUGGAGAUCAGUGGAGUGACUUGAAUGGUUUCGCUGUUGCCACAAGGUCCUUUAAACUUCCAAAUCCCAUGUACUAUAUUGCGUGAUGAUAGAGUUGUCUAAAAAUCUGUUAUGAGCUUUGACAAUUGACAUUGCAAUUCGUUCCUACUGAACUUGUGUAUAACAUUAUUCUAACACCUUGUUCAAUUGGAAUUGAUCUCUUUUACUAAUAAUUGUAAGCCACCAUGGAUUUUAAUAUUUCAA